CCGGCCCCCUUGCCUUGCCCAUGGCCUGCAUCUUCCCCUGCUUCUCCUCUCCACGGUUCCACACGGUUUACCCUGCAGCCCCCCCGAAACCACCAAAGUUUCCACCGCAGAUCACUCGCCUGCCUGCUUGCCUGCUCUGCCCUCCUCCACUUCUCCUCUCCCCCCAACAAUUCCCUCACACUAGCUAGAAGCUUUGGCGGUUGAGUUGGUAGCACAGGGCCCCCUGCUGUGUGUCUCUAUAUAUAUACUCUGGUGGGAUCUGGUGUCUUUGUUGUUGUGGUAGCCAGCCAGCUAGCUGAGCUUCUUAGGUGUGUGAGAUCGAUGAGGUCCAUGGGGAGCCCGGACUCGUCGUCCGGCUCGGCACCACCGCAGCAUCAGCAGCAGCAGCGGGCGGGUUCGGCACCGGAGCUCCCGCCGGGGUUCCGGUUCCACCCGACGGACGAGGAGCUGGUCGUCCACUACCUCAAGAAGAAGGCCGCCAAGGCGCCGCUCCCCGUCACCAUCAUCGCCGAGGUUGACCUCUACAAGUUCGACCCAUGGGAGCUCCCCGAGAAGGCGACUUUCGGGGAGCAAGAAUGGUACUUCUUCAGCCCGCGCGACCGGAAGUACCCCAACGGCGCGCGGCCCAACCGGGCGGCCACGUCGGGGUACUGGAAGGCGACCGGCACCGACAAGCCCAUCAUGGCGUCCGGGUGCGCGCGCGAGAAGGUCGGCGUGAAGAAGGCGCUGGUGUUCUACCGCGGGAAGCCGCCCAAGGGCCUCAAGACCAACUGGAUCAUGCACGAGUACCGCCUCGCCGACUCGUCUAGCUCCGGCGCCACCGCCAGCCGGCCGCCGCCCGUCGUCGCCGGCGGGAGCGGAGGCAGGGCUGCCUCUCUCAGGCUGGAUGACUGGGUGCUCUGCCGCAUAUACAAGAAGAUCAACAAGGCCGCGGCCGGGGAUCAGCAGAGGAGCAUGGAGUGCGAGGACUCCGUGGAGGACGCCGUCGCCGCGUACCACCCGUCGUCCUACGCCAUGGCGGGCAUGGUGGGCGCCGGGGCACAUGGCGGCAGCAAUAAUAACUACACCUCGCUGCUCCAUCAUCAUCAUCAUCAUCACGACAGCCACGAGGACAACUUCCUGGACGGCCUUCUCACAGUCACAGAGGAUCAUGCUGGCCUCUCGGCGGGCGGCACCUCGCUGCAGAGCCACCUGGCCGCCGCGUCCAGGGCGAGCCUGCCUACUGCUGCCACCAAGCAGCUUCUCGCUCCUCCGUCGUCUUCAGCAACCCCGUUCAACCGGCUCCACGCGUCAACGGCCGUCGGCAUCCUUCCCCAGGCAAGGAAUUUCCCUGGGUUUAACAGAAGCAGAAACAACAACACCGUCGGUAGCAUGUCGCUGUCAUCGACGACGACAGCCGCCGCCAUGGACGACAACGGCCGCGGCAACAACAAUGCGGUAAACACCAUGCCUGCAUUCAUGAAUGCUCUCCCCGUCGUGCAGGACGCGUCGACAUACCAUCAGCAGCAUGUCAUCCUCGGCACUACCUCGCUGCCGGUGCCGCCGGAAUCUACGGUGUCCGGCGCCGCCUCUGCUUUCCAGCAGCAGCAGCAUCCCGUCCAAAUCUCCGGCGUGAACUGGAAUCCCUGAUCGGAACACGUUAAUGAUACCGACACCACAUAUGCGCAUUCAUGCACACGAUGCAUAACUUUUACAAGUCGUAAAACAUUGCUAGCCAGUAGUUGAUGCAGUACUUAGUGGUAGUCGCAUUCAGUGAGCACCAAGUAGUAGCAUGCACAUCACUUUUGCAUGCAUAUAUAUAUGGCUGCAUUGCACCGCGGGCACGUACUUGUACGAACUUGCUAGCUAUACAUAGCUAGGAAUUAAUAUCUGGGAAGUAAAAAAAAUCUAGCCAGCUCAUAUAUACCAUAAGUAUUAGCUUCAUAUGUAUAUGCAGAGUAUAUUGUAGUGCAUCUAGAAGCUAUAUAUUUAGUUAAUUCAAAUCCCAGUCAGAUACAUUUUUGGCGGGGUUUACUCUCCUAUUUAAUUGCAAGCACGAAUGUAAAUAGGGUAUAUGCAUGAUAACUGCAUGCACGCAUGUGCUUGAUCUUACAUGCACGCAUGUACAUUGUAUAACUUGGUAGAUGAUGAUAUUUUUGUAUUUGCUUUGCAGCCUUGUAAAACUAUCUUAAAAUGGUUUAAUUAUUAUAUCUAGUACUGCCUGUGAAUGAUCAUAUUACCCAUCA